AUGCUGAAGCCAACGUUGGAGCCCCGGGGAGGUUUCUCCUUUGAAAACUGCCACAGAAAUGCAUCCUUGGAACGGGUCCUCCCAGAGCUUCGGGUCCCUCAGGCACGCAAGACUGGAACUACCAUCGCGGGUCUCAUUUUCAGGGACGGCGUCAUCCUAGGCGCGGACACGCGGGCCACUAAUGACUCUGUGGUGGCAGACAAGAACUGUGAGAAGAUCCACUACAUCGCCCCUAAAAUCUAUUGCUGUGGGGCUGGAGUGGCCGCUGACACCGAGAUGAUGACACGGAUGGCGGCGUCCAAGAUGGAGCUACAAGCGCUGUCCACCGGCCGCGAGCCCCGCGUAAACACAGUCACUCGCAUUCUACGCCAGACUCUCUUCCGGUUUCGCGGUCACGUGGGAGCGUCUUUGAUCGUGGGCGGCGUCGACGUCCUAGGACCGCAGCUCUACAGCGUGUAUCCCCAUGGCUCGUACAGUCGUCUGCCCUUCGCAGCCUUGGGCUCUGGCCAGGAUGCAGCCAUGGCAAUGCUGGAGGACCGGUUCCAACCUAACAUGACGCUGGAGGAUGCACAGGGGCUGCUGGUGGAAGCCAUCACCGCUGGGAUCCUGGGUGACCUGGGCUCUGGGGGCAAUGUGGAUGCAUGUGUAAUCACUGGGGCUGGUGCCAAGCUGCUGCGGACACUGAGCUCACCCACAGAGCCCAUCAAGAGACCAGGUCAGUACCGCUUUGCCUCUGGGACCACACCUGUCCUGACCCAAACCUUGGAGCUGCUGGAGGAAACCGUGCAGGCCAUGGAGGUGGAGUGA